AAUCAGUUUACAUUCCACUUCAUAAAGCCUUCAUUUGGGUGAGAGGAUAUCAUAUGAACCAGACAAAGGGGAUGAACCACAAUGACUGCACCUCUGACUGCUUUACUACUUCUGAGUGCAUUUGCAAUGAUUCAGACUACAAAAGUGCCUCAAGUGAUCUCUGUGACCACGGUGCAACUUGGUGAAAGUGGUAUUUUUAACUGUCUUUGUUCUACGGAUGAUCGGUAUUUUUACUUAUAUAAACAGCCACUUGGAUGUGCAAUCCAAACCAUUGCGACUGGAGUCUAUUCUGACAUAACAAUCAGUGAACAAUUUAACAACUCACGUUUCAGUGUCACUAAAGUGGAUGCUCAGUACAUUUUCACCAUCAGAGGAAUAACCAAAGAGGAUGAGGCUCUGUAUUUCUGUCAAAGUGGAAAUAAUUAUGAGCUGAAUUUCAUGAACAGCACAUUCCUAGCUGUGAAAGAUCAAACAAAUGAGCAGAAGUUUAUCUCCGUGGAACAGAAUCCACCAGCAGCUUCAGUGCAGAGAGGACAUUCAGUGAAUCUCCAGUGUUCACUUCUGUCUGAGGACAAACAAAACCCAGUCCAGUGUCCAGGUGAACACAAUGUGUACUGGUUCAGAGCCGGAUCAGGAGGAUACAGACCAGGAGUCAUUUACACUCGCAAGAACAAGACUGAAGAACAAGACGAAAGGAAAUGCAUCUACCGUCUGUCCAAAACCGUACAGGACUCGUCUGAUUCUGGGACUUACUACUGUGCUGUGGCCACAUGUGGACAGAUCCUGUUUGGUGGAGGAACUAAAGUGGAGACAGACCAGGGCGGCUUUAUCAUUGCGUUUGGGGUUUUGUUGGCCUGCUGUGUGACCGUGAUCGUCAUACUGGGUGUCCUCCUCGGUCGAAGGAGAGUUUGUGAACAUUGCAAAGGUACAACUUCCAUCAGUCAUCUGGAACGUGACAAGUCAAGAGGAAAUCUCUCAGAAGAUUUGGAUGAUGAAACCAAUGAGGUGAACUAUACAGCCCUGACUUUCUCUGCAAGAAGAACCAGACAAGGAUAUCAAAAGACGCAAGAGCAGGACUGUGUGUAUUCUGCUGUCGGAGCGAACUACCACACCUGACAAAACUCCACUUGUUUACAGAGCAGGAGCUGUGAAAGCAUACAUACAGUUUAACUGAUGUUAGAAUCUGAUUUAUUUAAUUUCCAAUGCCACACCUGUGCCUGUUGUAGACAGAAUAUAUAGUAUACUCUGCUGUUGUUUUGUAGUUUUCAUUUGUAGAGGUAGUUGCAUACGCCACUUUCCUGUAUUUUUGAGGAGGACAU